AUGGACAAUUUUGUCAUAAGUGCCUUAGAAACUGACCCCAAGUACACCUUUCUGGGUGCCUUGGGGUUGGUGUUUUUGGGAUUGUGCCCCCCGGGCCAGCCUUAUGAUAUCAUCCACGUUCGGCAACUGCUGUGCCCAGACCCCCUCUGUAAAGUGUGUAAUAGAACCACGGCUAAGGUCAGUCUUCUCCUCUCUCGGGCAUCCAUGGCAGCUGCUGCUACCUCUGGGUCACAUUUGGCUUCCACAGCCCCUGUGGCUAAGUCAUCAUUUGCUCUGACCUCUGCUUGCUCAAAAAUCUCUCCAGGACAUUCAGUUCCAGCUCCUCCACCUGAACCUUGUCCACCUUCCUUUUCCACUGUCUCACUCAACCAGGACACUCCUUUGGAGGACUUACUUUCCCCCUCACCACUGGGUGACUCUCUGCCACCAGAGCCUAAUUCUCCCUUGGAUUCCCAAUUCCCAGUGGAGCCAUUCCCACCUGAGACCCUUGCACUUCCCCCUCCCCUACUACAUCAUAUGCAGCAAACAGGACCCGUCCUCCAAAGAAGUGACACUUUGUCUCUCAUGGACGGUCCUGCUGAAUUCUCCACCAAUGUCACAACAACCAAAGUUGAUGACAGUGAAAAUAUUUCUAUGUCAGAAUUCUCGUGUCAGCAACCUCAUGCUGAGAAUGUGCCAACAUCUGAGUUGGCACAUGAUAUUAACCAAGAGCUUGUCGACCUCCAUUUUCCUCAAGCCUCUUUUUUGGGAGACACUACAGUCUACGUUGUAGUGUCCGGAAUGCUUACAUUUCUCAGCCCUGAUGUCCUGACACUCUUGGAGAGACAAACUAAAAACAGGGCUGAUUUCCUAAUGUCAAAAGAUAAGGAAAAGAAAACAAAAUCAUUUCAAAACCAGUUUAAGCUAGAGUACCAACUGAAUCCUGCUGGGAAAAUCUUACAGUCAGUUACUGAUCAGCAGGACUCUGCAAUCUCCCUUCCCUUUGGGAGCAGCACAGGGAAACCAGCUGACCUGAACAUGUCACAGCAACCCCCAUGUCUGAAGACCAUUGAAGACCAAUUUCAGAAAAACUGCAUGCAGCUCUUCUGGGGUCUCCCCUGUCUACACAGUGAGUCCCUGAGACCUACUGUGUGUGCCUCGGGUGACUGUCCCUCAUACUUUACUUGCUUCAACAGCAUCUUCAAGGCUUCUAUAGCCCAUGAGCCUACAGUAAUUCUUCACUUCACAGCUUCAUCCUCGCCAGAGAUCCAGUAUCAAGCCUUGCCUGAACCCCUGCCCCAAUUUCCCUUCCCCCAUGUCCCUCUUAACCAGUUCCAGGCCCAGCUUCAAUCCCCACUCCCAGUCCUACCACCUUCUUCUCUAUCCCAGCCUAGGAGUUGUGGAGUUUGUUUUCACAGCCCCCAGAGUGAGGCACAAUCUCUCACUGUACCUGAAAUUCACCACCUGGAGUACCAUGUGUUACAGAAACAGCAGGAAAGCAUGUGGGGUUUACCCACUGUGGUCCAAAGAUCCCAGGAAAGAUUUUGUUCUCCAGCUCCCAAACUUGCAUCGGCCAGCCGUUCCUCUAAGGCCUAUGUUCCAAUCUCCAUCCUUUCUGGAGAUUUUCCCCUGGACAGUGCACUCCGGGGAAAGCUAGAGUAUCAUCUUCGAAAGAGGCUCAUCCAACACCGCUGGGGCCUGCCCCACAGGGUUUUUGAGUCUCUGUCAAAGAUGAGACUUUACAGAGAAAUUCCUCAGACCUCUGAGUCAGAGAGCAGUCAUGGACUCUCAUGGAUCUCAUUCUAUAAGCAUGAAAGCUGCAAAGAUCUCAAUUAUGCAUUGAGAAACCUCAGAAAUUUCGAUGAGAAGCUCUGUAAUGGCUCAGAGACACUUCCUCUAGAGAACAGAGUGGAGAAGGAACUGGGACAUAGUCUAGAGAUUGGUCCAAACAAUCAUCUGUUGAGCCACCUACAGGGUGCUCCAGAUAACAGCCUAGGACGUGACACUAAGACAGAAGUAGAAUGUCACGCUGGUGAUAUCUCAGGGUUUUCUGGAACCUUUGGUGUGAGCCUAUGUCAGAUAAAAAGCAAGGAUGCCCUGGAAGUACAUUUGAGCAAGAAAUUUGAGGAAAUCAAUGAGGGUCAGGUCCCUGAUGUUGUACAAAAUUCAUGGCAUUCGACCAAGAUGACAUUGCCUCUACCUAAGAAAUCCUCCAGCGAAAUAAAUCAGAGUGAUUUGACACAACUAAUGUCCCAGGGCAAGAACAAGGACAGCAGCCUUAACACCCCCCAGGGUGUUUCCCCACCUGAUUCCAGCAAGCAUGAGAUUUUGGAAGACCAUAUUAAAAUUUUUCAUGGGAGGAUGACUAGUGGCCUUCCCCAAAGGGCUCAGGAAUCCAUUGACAUGUUCAAUGUAAAAAAGGACCCAUCCAACUCCUUUCCUUACUGGAACACUUUUCAUGGGGUCAUGGAAGGAAGAACCAAUUCAUUUGUAGAUAGUCCCCCCUCUGCCACUUCACCUGUGAGUGGGCAAGGACAGGGGGACCCGAAAGAGUCACCCUCUUACAACAAAUUUACCACCCACACAACUGAGAAUGGCACACCCACAACUUUUUUACCCCACACAUAUAACAACAUCCAGGAAGCCAGUCAGAUAGAGACUGCGCUAGUCAAUAGACACAGGUCUGAGCUGACCUGUCCCACAAAGCAAGCUGGGACAGGAUGUGAGAUAAUGCAUGAGAGAAUGAGAAUCAGCAAUGAUAUAGAAAAGCUUCAGAGCAAAACAACAAGGAAUUUAGUGCAAUUUCCCAAGUCUAACAAGUCCAGAGAAAUAUUCAAAGCAAAGGAGCUCCAUGAAUUUCAGUCACGAGCUAAUACCAUCUUAAAGACCAAUGAGUCAGAGAGCUCCCCCAUCAUAGCCGUGAACCCAGGUGAAGUAGGAACUACCCUAAACACUAAAAGGUCCUCAGUGGGAACAUCAGUUUCACAUGACCCUGAGCAAUCUGCAUUUAAAGAUCAGCUCAUUAGGGAAUUGAAACUGAAACUGGAGAGCAGGAAGCAGAGCCAGGCUCAGGAGCUCCCUGCUCAUGUGCCCCUGGCCUCAGAUGCCUCUUUCAAGACGUUAAUUACUCGAGACCAGUGCGUCUCCAGUGGGGACAAGGUAGCUUCCCAGGUGCUGCAUGUGCAGUUAAACAACAAAGGGAUCAGCAUGCAGCCAGAGCAGGAGCCCUGGGUCCCUAAACAUGUCUCACGCAAGUGCCAGGACAAGAACGUCCCUCCAGCUGUAAAGAAACCUUGCCUCCCAGCACCCAAAACAGGAGAGCUUGGUGGAGGGGAUGCAGGGUUGGUGAUUUCCCAGACCAGACGGAAGAGCUGCCAGCCUGAAGACAGGGCAUCAAAGAUGACACUUGGGAGGAAUUCCUCCUCAACCCUGUCACUGAAGCGACAGCCUCCUGAAAACAGCUUCAAAAACCAAAUGAAACAGCGACCUAGUAGCACAUCUCACCUAUUACAUGGGAAGGUCCUGGUGUCCACUGACAGGGUGGGCCAGGGCAACUGGAAUGAACCAGAGCUGAAUUUGGCAUGGCCCCAGCUGCAGAAGAGCGUGAGAGGCACAGCUGCUUUUCCUUAG